CGAGCGGUGGCCUCGCUCGGGGAGCGGACGCCUGGUCUCGCUGAGCCGGCCCUGAGGAGGAGGAGGAGGAGGCGGAGCCGGCGGCGGAGGCGGCCGCGCCUCCCCUCCCCCGCACAGGCCGGGGAGGAAGUUCCGCUCCCGACACCGUGUGUGCGGCCGCGAGCGCAGGUAUUUGGGACGCGGCUGCCCUUCAGUCUGCUGGCCGGUGGGCAGCUCCUGAUCCCCGCCCGGAGCCCGUGGGGCGGCGUCGGGAAGCGCGGGCGGCAGACGGCUUCAUCGGCUCCUUUGCGCGUGCUUCUGCUUCUGCUUCCCCGUGAGGACGGAGACCCUCCAUGCUUCAGACUUUUGAGGAGACCUGUGCAUUCGCCCCCACAGAGGCUCAGAUACUGUGCACUAGAGGUGUCGGAGGAGACGAAGUGAAUCUCUCCUACAACUCCAAUCUCGCCAGGCUCCCUUUUGAGCAUCUUUCUGGGGCAGCAAUGGAAGAACCCACCUUGCAGCUUUUCUGCAGCCUGGCUUGCCGGAUGUACGCCUCGGAAUGAACAGGAGACUUUCCGUAACCUGCUGAGGUACUGAAAGCCAGAUGCCAGGAAGAUACCACACGACAUAAAUUAGCGAUCUUUUAGGAGGCCACCCCCCAUUCUGGAUGUAAUUGUCGAGAGUGAAAGAGGUGCCCUCUAAAAAAGCACAACAGUCCUUCCAGAGGAGAAACAUUGAGUUUAUCCACUUUUGCCAAGAUUUUGAAAACGGUUCAAUGUGCUGUACGUUUGAUAUAAGAUGAGAACUUUAUAAAGUAUUCUAUCCAAGAGGCUAAACAAUGACUACCCCAGCCCUGCUGCCCCUGUCUGGACGUAGGAUACCGCCUCUGAACCUGGGGCCGCCCUCCUUCCCCCAUCACAGGGCUACCUUGAGACUUUCUGAGAAGUUUAUCCUUCUCCUUAUCCUUAGUGCCUUCAUCACCCUGUGUUUUGGGGCAUUCUUCUUCCUCCCAGACUCCUCAAAACACAAACGCUUUGAUCUGGGCUUAGAAGAUGUGUUGAUUCCUCACGUCGAUGCAGGCAAAGGGGCGAAAAACCCUGGAGUCUUCCUGAUCCAUGGACCUGAUGAACACAGACACAGGGAAGAAGAAGAACGUCUAAGAAAUAAAAUUCGAGCUGAUCAUGAAAAGGCUCUGGAAGAAGCAAAAGAAAAAUUAAGACAGUCAAGAGAGGAAAUUCGUGCAGAAAUUCAGACAGAGAAAAAUAAGGUAGCCCAAGAAAUGAAGACAAAAGAGAACAAGCCACUGCCACCAGUUCCCAUUCCAAACCUUGUAGGAAUCAGUGGUGGAGACCCAGAAGAUAUUGAGAUAAGAAAGAAAAGGGAAAAAAUUAAAGAGAUGAUGAAACAUGCCUGGGAUAAUUAUAGAACAUAUGGAUGGGGGCAUAAUGAACUCAAACCUAUUGCAAGGAAAGGACACUCCACUAACAUAUUUGGAAGUUCACAAAUGGGUGCUACCAUAGUGGAUGCUUUGGAUACCCUUUAUAUCAUGGGACUUCAUGAUGAAUUCCUAGAUGGGCAAAGAUGGAUUGAAGACAACCUUGAUUUCAGUGUGAAUUCAGAGGUGUCUGUGUUUGAAGUUAACAUUCGAUUUAUCGGAGGCCUACUUGCAGCAUAUUACCUUUCAGGAGAAGAGAUAUUCAAGAUAAAAGCAGUGCAAUUGGCUGAGAAACUCCUUCCUGCCUUUAAUACACCUACGGGGAUUCCCUGGGCAAUGGUGAAUCUAAAAAGUGGAGUAGGGAGAAACUGGGGCUGGGCAUCUGCCGGUAGCAGCAUUCUGGCUGAAUUUGGUACAUUGCAUAUGGAGUUUGUGCAUCUCAGCUACUUGACAGGGGACCUGGUUUACUACAAAAAGGUCAUGCAUAUUCGGAAACUACUUCAGAAAAUGGAUCGUCCAAAUGGUCUUUAUCCAAAUUAUUUGAACCCAAGAACUGGGCGCUGGGGUCAAUAUCACACAUCAGUUGGUGGUCUGGGAGACAGUUUUUAUGAAUAUUUACUGAAAGCGUGGUUGAUGUCAGAUAAAACAGACCACGAGGCAAGAAGGAUGUAUGAUGAUGCUAUUGAGGCGAUAGAAAAACAUCUUAUUAAGAAGUCCCGAGGUGGUCUUGUCUUCAUUGGAGAAUGGAAGAAUGGGCACUUGGAAAAGAAGAUGGGCCAUUUGGCCUGUUUUGCUGGGGGAAUGUUUGCAUUAGGAGCAGAUGGUUCCAGAAAGGAUAAAGCUGGUCAUUAUUUAGAGCUCGGGGCAGAGAUUGCGCGCACAUGUCACGAGUCAUAUGACAGGACUGCAUUAAAACUAGGUCCUGAGUCAUUCAAGUUUGAUGGUGCAGUGGAAGCUGUGGCUGUCCGACAGGCUGAAAAGUAUUACAUCCUCCGACCAGAAGUAAUUGAAACCUAUUGGUACCUGUGGCGAUUCACUCAUGAUCCAAGAUACAGGCAGUGGGGCUGGGAAGCAGCAUUGGCUAUUGAAAAGUAUUGCCGAGUCAGUGGUGGGUUUUCUGGGGUCAAAGAUGUAUAUUCCUCUACUCCUACACAUGAUGAUGUACAGCAGAGCUUCUUUCUCGCUGAAACAUUAAAAUACUUGUACCUGCUGUUCUCCGGUGAUGACCUUUUACCUUUAGACCACUGGGUGUUCAACACAGAGGCUCACCCUCUGCCUGUGUUACAUUUAGCCAACACCACACUUUCAGGUACUGCUGUUCGAUGAAAACAGCUCCAGAAGGACCAUUCUUACCUGUGUUUUGUUUACAUGGACUACUACAGAAACAAGUAUGGAGAGGCAUCUUUUGAAAACCUGGACCUCCAAGUCAACAUGACAGGGUGAAACUCUUCCCUGCAAGACUUUUCAAAGUGUAGAUAUACCAACUUUGAAAUUAUUCCAUUUUAUACCUGACCAAAACAUGUUCUGGUACGUAUAGGACAGAGAGAGACCUGAUGUACUUUGAUUCGUAAUGAGACUGUCACUUGAGAAACAGUGCCCAUCACUUCUGUAUUAGAGCAAGCCAAGAGCAUAGAGCACCUUGUGGGAGUUAAAGAUGGCCUUUGGAACCAAUUAUAUAUUUGUUUCCUCCCACAGUGGAGCAGCUUUCAAAUCAAAUAUUUACACAUUGUUUAUCCCUUUUUUCUCCAUUUUAAUAAUGGAAUAAACUAAGGUAAACAAGAACAAAAGAACAGAGUAACUGCAUCAGUAACAAGAGGACUCAAAAAAGGAACAGAAGUACCGAACGUUGUCUGAAUUUCCAUGUUCCCCAUUGGAUGACUAGACUGGCAACCAUUUCAGUCCCAAUCUAUUUCAUUGAAAUUUCUUAGUUAAAUUUAAUUCACUGGGGGCAUGAUCUCACAAAGAAUACUCUUCAAGUCUUUCUUUCCAUAUGGUACCAUUGAAAUUGCUGUUUAUCAUCGCCAGUGCUUAGGAACCUGGGUUUGGGGUUUUGUGCAUGCAGUUCAGUCUGGUGUAGGUAGCAUGACAAAAAGUGGGGAAAAUGCCAUUUUGUUGCCUUGAAACUUGUUCUUAGUGAAAUCCUUGGUUUUGUUGGUAAGAGAUUAUUUUUCUAACCAACAAGUCUACCAAGUAAAAUUAUUCACUUUAAUUUCAUUAAAAAGUUGAGUCACUCAACUUACAACUUUGUGACUUGACAAAAUUCACUCUUCUAUUAUGGCAGCUUUGAAUUUGCCAUGAUAAGCUGAAUUACUUUCACAAAUUAUAAAAGCAAAAACAAAACCCAUGAAACUUCCUUAAACAUUCUGUCUGGAAUGGGGACAGGGGAUCCUUUAUCUUAGAUGAAUGAGCUAUUCACAAGUAUAUUUUUCAGUUUAUCAAAGACUAUUUAUAGAAAUGCAAAAAAUUAGAAUAGCUUCAAAAUUAUUUUCAGUGAUAACUGUGUAAUUAAUUUAUUACACUAAAAAUGGAAUUUAUCUGAAGGACUUUCUUUUACCCUCAAUAAAUUUUGCAGUGAUA